GAUCCUUAUUGGUAAAGCUUUAAAGAGGUCACCGAUCAUACUCUCAUACACAAUACCUCUCGGCGUUUUUGAGCUCACUUGGAUAUUAAGGCUGAUAUAAAGGGCCUUGCAAACAGGAAACUCUCCCAGUCUACAUCAUUAUGUCGAAGGGACCCAUCACAUGUCAUGUCCUCGAUACCUCUCUUGGAAGACCAGCAGAGGGAGUGGAGGUCAAUAUUCAGAUUUAUCAUGAAGGACAGAGAAAUGUCGACAUCUUCAGCCCGUUUGCACAUGGCGUUACAGAUGCCGACGGGCGAUGCAUGAAUAUGCUGCCACCACGAGGAUCUGAGGAGGCUAGAUUGCAGCAUAAGCAAGUGGACGCUGGAACUUACAAAAUUGUCUUCAAGCCGAAGGAGUAUUUUGAAAAGACAGGCAGAAAAUGCUUCUAUCCCUGGGUAGAGAUUACUUUUGAGAUCGAAAAUCCAGAAGAACAUUACCACAUCCCGCUUUUGAUUACCCCGUAUUCCUUCACCACUUACAGAGGCAGUUGAGUGCAAGUGGAAUGGAACGAUGCGAUCCAGGCAGAUAUAUAUCAUAUCAUUACCUUGAUUUAAUGAUCUCCGUAAAGACCAAAUAUCUCGACAAUCUUCGAAUGUAGAAUAAUGCCAGCGGAAAGCAACGAUCAUGGUGAACAGAAAACAUCUACGCGCAUCUAAUUAUCAUACAAGGACCUUGUGAUAUGACACGCCCUUGAUAUUACCACCGCGCAUGGAUGUCUUAACAUUGUGCAGGAAUUGUUCGCGAUUCUUCCGUAGUUCUUCUGCUGCCUCUGUGA